UGUAAUAAUUCUCAUCGCAAACAACGUCCUUUGAACCCCAGAAGUGUCAAAUACCACUCGUUCCUCAUAACUAAUGUCUCGGGGAUAUUCAAUACAACCUGACAAUUACUGUUUUGACAUAAAUGACGAAAAUGUGUAACAACAUCACGUGAAAUUGUUCAUUAAAAAUCUCCCAGGGGUUCUUCGUGACGAGUGAAAUACAGUUCACGAAAGAAUCAUUGAAUUUGUCGAUGGACGUUUGUCUUGUGUGAAGUAUUCGGAGUAAUUCAGAGUUUAGAACUUUUUGUCAUCAUCCUUUUGUUCUGGUGGAGGCUGUCGUCAUCGUAGGGAUACCUUCAAAAUGAACACCGACAGUAUGCAGACGGACCAGCACGCCCUCCCGGUGUACGAGCACGACCUAGACGACUCCGAGCUCUCCCAGGUCCUGCCAAUCUUCCCCACCUCGAGCAAGCCCUGCAUAAACGUAUGGAUGGACAAGAUGAGCAAGGGCAUCCUGACGUCGACGCACUUCAAGGAGCACUGGAGGAUCUGGGUGCCGAAGAUCUACAGUCCCGAGCCAAACGGCAACUGCCUGGGCUGGUCCUUCGACGAGGACAUGGCUGAGAAGAUGCUGUACAACACCCUGGAGGAGUUCAUCUGCAAUGGCGAGCCCAGAGAGGUUCUCCAGCAGCUGGCGAAGAUGGAGAAUCCCCCCUCAGUCUGCGGUAGAUUCUUCAAAGUCGGUGAGCCCACGUACUUCUGCAGGGAGUGUGGAAUGGACCCCACAUGUGUCCUCUGCGUCACCUGCUUCAAAGAGUCAGCCCACCAGAACCACAAAUACAAGAUAGCAACGUCCAGUGGAGGUGGCUGCUGCGACUGCGGUGAUCCUGAGGCUUGGAAGAAGGAGGCCUUCUGCAGGAUACACGAGGCUGGCAAAGAGGCCAGAGAGACGUCUGGCAACAAAUUGCCAGAGGACAUUCGUGAGCGUGCGACGUCGACGUUCGAGGCAGUCAUGCAGUACUGCUUCGAGCUUCUGGCGAGGGAACACACACCAGGACUACCAGCAGACCUCAGGGUCAAGGAAACUGACGAGGGUCCUCUCUCCUUGCUAGCAACAACAGACAGCUACUGCACUGUUCUAUUCAACGACGAGACCCACACGUUUGAGCAGGUCAUCAGUACUCUCGCUCGAGUCAUCAAGUGCACCCAGAAAGAGGCGAUUGAAUUCGUCACUAAUAUCGACAGGAAUGGACGAGCUGUCGUCAAGUGCUCGGACUUUCAGCACUGCAAUGAGCUCAAAUCAGACAUCGAGAGGUUCACGUCGAGGCAGGGCAGUCAACCGUUGAAGGUCCUAGUGGUGCAUGCCCACGUGAUAGCCCACCAGAUCUUCGCUAUGAAGCUCUUGGGGUGGCUGCAGCAGUUCAUCAGCCACUGCGAAGGCUUCAGAAUCAUUUUCAGCGAUGUUGCAUUGAACAAGAAGCUCCCUGACAUGCCCAUUGUCGAGGGCAUACUCAUGAGGGACUCGCAGUUGUGGAAGGCCGCCAGAACAGCCUGGCAUCGUCUCUUCAUAUCGGGCAUGCUGAUGGAGUACGAGAGCAAGAAAUCACUGGCCAUUGUCUUCACCACCAACUAUGGCACUGUGAUGAAGGACUUCAUGAAGGACGAUCACGACCACUCGUUCUCAAUAUCAUCGUUAUCAGUUCAGUUGUUCACAGUACCAACACUGGCGCAUUAUCUCAUAGCUAAUCACGACGUACUGUUCAUUCUCCUCAACACCUUCAUCUCGGAGAGCUCGAGGCGGUGCAAUCCAGUGGGGAAACUGGAGUUCGAGAGGAACUUACCGAACACUUCCUUCAAGAGGGCACAAUACAUUCUCUGUGAUCUGUCGUAUCUGCUCAGCUCCAAGUCCGACUCCUGGACAGACGAGUUGAGGAAGGGAUUCCUCCAGGGGAUGUCUCUGCUGAUGAAGCUCCUCUGGAGCAUGCAGGGGAUGGACGCUGUCCUUCGUCAAGUGGGACAGCACAUGGAGUACGAGCCAGAGUGGGAGUCUGCCUUCAAUCUCCACAUUAAGCUGUCACCAGUCAUCAGUCUGGCCCUGGAAUGGUGUGGCUCUGACAGAGUCGUUCUCAUCAAAGCUUUCAGGCUUGUACUUAAGAAACUCAGUGAACAACCCAACAAGGAUUCAACCGCCACCCCAGGACAGCUGAGGGAGCUCGCUGAUCAUUCAGCCACUUGUGUCCUCUACGACGUGUCCCUCGAGCCAGUCUCCAUUCACCUCCCAUUAUCGCGAUUCCUAGCUGGACUCUUUCUCUACCUCGAGAAGUACAAUCUUGACUAUCAGAGCAGUGAUUUCAUGAUCCAGUCGAAGCUAUCCCCCGAGCAGCUGAUAGAGCCUGUCCUGAGGGCACAGGCCAUGAUAUCCCAGGUCCACGCUGGCAUGUGGAGGAGAAAUGGCUACAGCCUGCUCAAUCAGCUGUACUUCUACCACAACGUUCGUUGUCGAACUGAAAUGCUGGAUCGUGACAUUAUUCUCCUGCAAGUUGGGGCGUCUCUGAUCGAGUCCAACGAGUUUCUGAUUCACAUCCUGAAUAAGUACAAUCUCCUCAACUGGGCUGAUCUCAACUUCGAGACGAACACCCUGAAGAACCCCGAGGAGGACAGCAUCAGGCAGACCAUCAACCUCGUCGAGGAGUUUCUGGGCCUCCUGAUAACUGUCAUUGGAGAGCGUCACGUGCCUGGUGUGGGCCAGGUGACGCCCGACGACCGCCUCAAGAAGGAGAUCAUCCAGCAGUUGUGCAUCAAACCAAUGUCCCAUUCUGAAUUAAACAAGACUCUGCCUGAUGGUGUGCACCACGAGACAGGUCUCGAGAGGGUGAUAAACGACGUGGCUGACUUCAAGAAACCCUCACAGAACUCUGGGGGAAAGGGACUGUACGAGCUGAAGCCAGAGCUCUACGCCGAGUACAACGUCUUCUUCUACCACUACACUAAAGAGGAAUUGAGCAAGUCCGAGGAGUCCCAGAGGAGGCGUCGCAAGGCCAAUCAAGAGCUGGAGUGCUGUCCCCCUCCCCAGCUGCCGAAGCUCACAGAGACCUUCAGCCUGGUGGCCAAUCUCCUCCAGUGCGACGUGAUGCUUCACAUAAUGCAGACAGUCCUCGAGAGGUCGAUAAACCUGAGGGCGAGAAGUUUCUCGGAGCCCCAGGUCCACAAGAUAAUUCACAUAAUAGGUUAUGCCCUCCAGGAGCAGAUGACAGGGCACUACCCCUUCCUCAUCUUCACUGAACGUGCCUCCAAGUGGAGGAUCUACAAGCUUCUGGAGGAGUUGUCAACCAGUCCGAGGAUCGAGGCGCACAAGGACCUGGUGACGUGGGUCCUGGGGAAGUACAGGGAGGCUGCUGGUUCGUCCAUGGCUGAGGCGAGCCCACAGCAAGUUGCUGUCGGCAAGGAGCCCUCAGUGUCAGCAGCCAGUGAAGAGGAGCAAGCCAAGAACAGUAAGGAAUGGAGAACGCAGAUGGCUGCGCAGAAGAGGGCCAAAGUUAUGGCGCAAAUGGCUGCGAUGCAGAAGCACUUCAUGAAGAAGAACGCCAAACUCUUCGAGGAGGCUGCCAUCGACGCAAACAGCAAGGGGAACGAGCGAGGCUCCUCGAUGGAUCUGUCAGAGCCAUCCCCUGAGGAGGUCCCAGUGGCCCUAGGGCCCAGACAGACCCUCAGGAUCAUCGAGGAGAAGACGUACACGUGCCUCCUCUGCCAGGAGGACCAGACAGUCACCCCUGGGGGCCGAGCAAUGGUGUUGGCAGCCUUCGUCCAGCAGUCGACAGUCCUCUGUCAAACGAGGAAUGACCCUGACGAGAAGAAUCCACUGUACUUAUCGUCAAGACUGGGGGCAUCCCCUCACACCAGCACCUGUGGCCACGUCAUGCACGCCAACUGCUGGGAGAAGUACUUCGAUAACGUCCUUGCCAAGGAGAAUCGAAGGCCUUACAGACUCCGGCAGCCUGCCAGCUUCGAUGUUGAGAAGCACGAGUAUCUCUGCCCUCUGUGCGAGUGCUUGAGCAAUACAGUUCUACCUCUGCUCCCUCCUCUGGCUACGCUACAGCCAACUGAACCGAAGGAUCGUCUCAACGUGGACUUUGACACUUGGUUGAACGCCCUCACCAUCACCCUUGACUGCAAAGGAAAGAGCAACGUCGAAAGCAUCAGCGAUGACAACAUGCAUGGCAAGUGCAGGUACUGCAGACCGAGGAAGCCCGAUGACUUUAGCAUCAGUGACGGCAGCAUCACGAUGAUGGACGCCAGGGAGCCCUUUGCCUGUCCCAUCAAGAGGAUCCAGGGUAUCCUGGGUAAGGAGGUGGCCGAUGUUUUCGAUAUGCAGACAGUGUCUGCUGGUGGCAAAGAGGCCACACUGUCCGACGAUCUCAAGUCCAUGGUCGAUCUCUUCGCCCAGGCGACGUACACCAAGGGCCUGGGAGUGGAUCCCCACACCAGUGACGCCAGGGUUCCCCUGCUAGCUUGGAAAUCCACAGCCUACACCAUUCACGCUAUCGAGUUCCUCCUGAGGGACAGUGAGAAGCCACUCCUGGGGGCACUCUCCUCCAGGCAGAGGGACAGCCUGGAGUGCCUCGCCAGGAUCUCAGCGGUCCUGGGGUCCACCUGGCCCAGCAGCAGCAGCCCCACCAACACUUCAGGCUCCAGCACUGGAAUCAGCGAAGGGGGCGGCAACUGCAGCAUCCUUGCUGGCCACGCCAUGACUCUUCUCAGCACUCUGCUAGACAAUUCCUCGGAGGAUUGCAUCGCUGAUUGGGAUCCCUUCGGCAUCCUCGUGCCCCUGGUGGUCACACUGCCCAGUCUCUUCUCCAAGAAUUCUGACGAUCCUCCACCUGUUGUCACUGGUAGUCACCACGAGAUUCACGCCCUGAAGCUCGUUCUCAUUGGACUCAUCGUCAAGAUCCUGAUUACCUCGGAUUUUGGGAGCUCUGAAGAGAUGGACGUGGACAGCCUCGAGGACAUGGAGGUGGGCGAAGGGACGUACUCUGCUUUAUCCAAGAUCAUCAGGAUCCUCAAGGUGGAGACUGGUGGGCUCACCUUGUCCGAGAUAUGGAGACGUGUCAAGGUGGCUUCCCUCCCCUUCCUGAGGUGCUGUGCUCUCUAUUUUCAUUACAUCACUGAUGUGCCUGCACCAGCAGAGCUCACGGUCAAGGAUGGAGACACCUACGAGAGUAUUAUGAUGUAUCUGGGGCUUGACACCAGCUGCGAGGGCCUCCUGGGGUCCGAUGGGGUCAGGAGGCUUGCCAAAAACUGGGGGGAACAUCCCAGGGCGAGACUACCUGUCGGCGUCAAGGAGCCUCUCAGGGUCAAUGGUCUUGUCAAACUGCCUGAUGACUACUCAGAGCUCAUCAACACUGUUUCGUUGUUCACGUGUCCAAAUAGUGAUAAAGAGGACUCAAGGAAUCCCACCAUGUGUCUUGUUUGUGGGGAAAUGCUGUGCUCUCAGAGCUACUGCUGUCAGACUGAGCUCAAUAAGACCAUGGUGGGGGCCUGCACCUAUCAUGCCAGCAAGUGUGGCACUGGGGUUGGGGUGUUCUUGAGGGUCAGAGAGUGUGAGAUACUGUUUUUGAGGUCUCCAAAUCGGGGCGCCUUCGCUUGUCCGCCUUAUCUAGAUGAGUACGGAGAGACUGAUCAGGGGCUCAGGAGGGGCAAUCCUCUCAAGUUGUGUAGGGAAAAGUACAGGCAGUUGAAUCAAAUGUGGCUUGGACAUGGGCUCCAUGAGGCCGUAUCCAGGGCUAUCGAGUCAUCCAGCAAUCUCAUGUCCACGCAGUGGCAGCAUCUAUAAUCUGAUGGGUUUUAGUGGGGCGAAAUUAUUCGGGGGGGGGGGGGAGUUUUGUAUUUGUUUUUGAGGUUUUAGGGGUUUCCGAUUUUCUAGGACUUGAGAUUUUGGUGGUGAGGGGUUUUUGGGGAGUCGAUGGAGUCGUUCAAUUUCAAUUGAUCAAUUUUUUAUGGAUAUCUCGGAAGCUGAGGGAAAUAGGGGGGUUUUUCUAAGGACCUUGUUUGUAGAGCAGACUGAGAGCUACGAAAAAGGUUCCUGUAAUAAUUUUGAUAUCUCUCGUGGAUUCUGAGAUAUUUUGAGGGGAAACAUGUUAUGGGGAACUGAGGGGGAAUGAAACAUUCAGGAAAAUUUUGCUUUCAUUUUUAGUUGAGGGUCAGACGGUCCUUGAGGAUGUUCAGAAUUGAGGGUCGAACGAAUCUUAAUGACGUAUAGAGUUAAGGAUCAAAUGACCAUUUAUGAUUAUUCUACUCUGAUCCAUUAGACCCUCACGACGAUCUGACUCUUGACCCACAAUGUUCUUAAGGGUCAUUUGUCCCUUAACACAAAGGUUGUCAAGGUUCGUUUGGCCCUCAACUAGAAAUGAAAGCGAGUUUUCUAAAUUCUAAAAGAGCUUUCUAUUUUUCGUUUUUAGUUGAAGGUCAAACGGCCCUUGAAAAGGUCUAUCCCUUAAGAAAAUUCAACUCUCAAAGACUUGAUAUUUAAUCCUUAGGGUCGUUUAAAGUUGAGGGUCAAAUUGCCUUAAUGGGUAUACGUUUUUAAGGGUCGUUUGACCCUCAACUAGAAACAAGAAAGAGUUUCCUGAAUUAGCUAUUAGCAUCAUUCGGAGAAUUCUAUUUUUUGUUUUUAGGUGAAGAUCAAAUGACUUUUACUAAUAAUCGGGGCCAGGGGUCGAAUGGUCGUAAGGGUCAAAAGGCUCUUAAGAAUAUUUGAAAUUCAAGCCCAAACAGCCUUGAGGGUCAAAUAGCCCUUAACAACGUUUACCCAUUAAAACAAUUUGACUUACAAAGAUUUGACAUUUGACCUUUGUGGUCGUUUCGAGUUGAGGGUCAACUUGCCUUAAUGAGUAUAUAUUUUUAAGGGUCAUUUGACCCUCAACACCAAAGGUUCGAUUAAGCCUCAACUAGAAACAGAAAAAGGUUUCCUGAAUUAGCUAUUAGCAUAAUUCAGGGAAUUCUCUUUUGUUUUUAGUUGAAGGUCCAAUGACUUUUACUGACAUUUGGGGGUCAAAUGAUCGCGAGGGUCAAAAGGCCCUUAAGGAUGUUUGGAAUUUAAUCCCAAAUGGUUUGAGGGUCAAACAGCCCUUAAGAACGUUUACCCCUUAAUGCAAUUUGACCCUCAAAGACUUGACAUUUGGCCCUUAAGGUCGUUUGGAAUCGAGGAUCAAAUUGCCUUAAGGGUCGUUCCGACCCUCAAAAUAACUUGAACCUCAAUUAAAAAAAAAAUUGACUAAAUUCUCUUGGAAAAUCGUUAUUCCUCGUGUUUUUUUUGAAAUUACAUCCGAUCCAUCAUCUCAAGACUCAACUCUUCACCCCAAAAUUGAGAGAGUAAUUUGGAAGCAAUGAACACAAUGAUAAAAUCAUAACGUAUGAGACUUGUAUAUAUUCGUAUGGUUGAGAUAUUUUUAUUUGUUUUGAUUAAUCAACGAUUAUUAUUUCUUUGAAAAUCAUUCAAGAGUUUACCACUCGCAAACAUACACACUGAGAAUAAUACUAAUGUAAAAUUAUUUAUAGUGUUAUUGAACGAGAGGUGUUAAGGAGACCAUGAAAUACGCAAGAUUAAUCGAAUUUUAUUUAACUGAAUUGAACAUUGAAAUUGUAAAAUUAGACGUGUACUAUUGAUUAAUAUUAACUUGUUUUGUUUCGUGAGAUAAUUUUUUCUAGUUUAUUUUUAUGAAUGAAACUGGCGAUUGUAAAUCCUAUUUUAUUCCCCUUAUCACGUGGCUCAAUUCGUUCUCUGAGAUGAUUGAGAAAAUUUAGGACUUUUCGUCUCUGGUGACAAAGGGCAAGUGUAGAUUUGAAGGGCUUUACGAGAAUAAAUUAAUAUAAUUAUAGAUAAAUAAUAACUUUUACUUGUUACUUUAGAACGCAAAUAAAGAUCUCGUCAUCUGGAUAAAAAAAACAUUUGAAAGAAUAAAAAUUGAUGAUAGAAAUAUGUUAA